AGGUGAAUGCUUGUUGGAUGGUUUGGAAUCGAUUAAUCCGAUUUUUGUGCAAAAAAUUGCAUCAGCUACUGUAAAAACUAAAUUAAAAGCAAGAACAUUGCUGAAGCUAGAAAUUUCUUAUCAACGACACCUGUGCAGAAGCUAAAGGAAGGAAAUGGCGGAGGAACAAAUUAAUAACCUAGCCAUCAAUGAUGAUGAUGAUAUUGUAGACCCAUGGAAUGUUGCGGGGAAGUCAGAGACAGGCAUUGAUUAUGACAAGUUAAUAAAAAGAUUUGGGAGUCAAAAGAUAGACAAGGAGUUGGUUGAGCGUUUUGAAAAAGUUACAGGAAAGAAAGCCCACCAUUUCCUCAGGAGAGGCAUAUUCUUCUCUCACCGAGACUUCCACACGAUCCUGAACCUGUACGAGUCGGGCAAGAAGUUCUACUUGUACACUGGCAGAGGCCCUUCAUCAGAGAGCAUGCACAUCGGACACAUGAUCCCGUUCAUGUUUACAAAAUGGCUGCAAGAAGUUUUCGAAGUGCCACUCAUCAUCCAACUCACGGAUGAUGAGAAGGCGAUGUGGAAAGACAUCAAGAUAGAAGACGCCCGCCAGAUGGCGUACAACAACGCAAAAGACAUCAUUGCAGUCGGAUUUGACCUGAAAAACACAUUUAUUUUUAACGAUCUAGACUUUAUUGGGAAAUGCCCAGCGUUCUACCAAAACAUGGUCCGCAUCCAGAAGUGCGUGACCUUCAACCAGGCGAAGGGUAUCUUCGGGUUCGGAGAGAGUGACGUCAUUGGCAAGAUCACCUUCCCUUCGAUAGAGGCUGCUCCCGCAUUCUCCACUACCUUCCCUUUUAUAUUCGGGAAUAAAGUGUUCCCCUGCCUCAUCCCAUGCGCCAUCGACCAAGACCCGUACUUUCGUAUGACGCGCGAUGUCGCGCCGCGCCUCAAGCUUCCCAAACCGGCGCUACUACACUCCACCUUCUUACCGGCUUUACAAGGCGCACAACACAAGAUGUCGGCUAGCGAUCCCAACGCGUCGAUAUUCUUGAACGACACGCCCAAACAGAUUAAGAAUAAGAUCAACAAAUACGCGUUCUCUGGCGGGCAGGCCACGGUAGAGGAACAUCGACAAAAGGGUGGCAACACUAGCAUCGAUAUCUCCUUCAAAUACCUUACCUUCUUCAUGGAAGACGACGAGCGGUUGUCUGAGAUAAAGAAGGCCUACGAAAGCGGCGAGAUGUUAACCGGGGAAUUAAAGAAGAUAGCAAUAGAUACCAUCUCACCCUACGUCCAAGAGUACCAAGCGAGGCGCGCACUCGUAACAGACGAGGUUAUGCAGCGGUACUUCGAGAUUCGGCAAAUUGAGCUUUAGGCGUAUGCGGUUAGAGUUUAUUUUAAUUUGGAUUUGUUGACCUUCAAAAGGAUAUGUAAGGCUGUGGUCUUCUAUAAACGUCAUAGGCCGCGUCACUAUAGAAAUGUUCUGUGAUCUUUUUCAGACGUCAACGUCGGCGUAUGGACGUCGAUAGGAACGUUUGACGUUGACUUACGCCGCGUAUAGCGUUUAAUAGGAGACCGUAGCCUUAGGAUUUGUUUAAUUUUGUAUGCAAAUUUGAAUUCCUAUGCAUUAGUAAUAGUUACAUCUCUCAGUGCGUGGAUAUGUCAAAAUAUUUUAUAAACGAAUGCACGAAAAACAGACAUUUCUUAUUUAUUAUUCUUUAUAGUUAGCUAGGUGUUUAAAAUUUUUCAAUUUCACAGUUGCGCUUACGUCUAAUGUUUGUACAGUAUCUCAUCAGCAUAUUUAUAAAUAAGAGAAGUAUUUAUAUCCAUUUUAAAUGUUAUUAAUAUACAUUUAUGGCAAUGUUAGGAGAAAAAACUUAAUUAAAAUACAGUCAACAAAGCAUUUUUAAAAUGAUUCCAAUUUUUAAAGGAACUUUCGCAUUUAAAAUGUUUCAGAAUGAUUAGAUAACAGGUAAAGUAACAUUAAUUCUGUUGUAUCUCUAUUUAUUUUUAUUUAAUAAUCGUACUUACAUUCAGAACAACAUUAUCAUUAGCUAUAAUUUAGAGUAGGCGCACACUGUUGAUUUUUAGUUGGCCGAUAGUUGUGCCCGAUUUUAAAUUGUAUGAAGAAUCGGCCAAAUCGAAUCGGCGUAGUGUGCGCGCUCCCAUACAUGCCCAUACUGAUCAACUGCCCGACUAAACUAUCGGCCGACGAAAAAUCAACGGUGUGCGCCUACUCAAGAUAACAUUAGACCAGAAUGAUUCGCAAAUCGAUAAAUUUUAUCUGCCCGAUCGGGGAUAAUUCAAAUUAAAAA